UUCACCUGCACAGCCAUGGGCUGCAUUCAGAGCAUAGCCUGUAAGUCACGCAUCAAACGGGAAAACAUUGUGGUGUAUGACCUGUCCGCCACCAUAGACCACUGCCCGACAAUCAUAGAGGAGAACUCGCCCAUAGUACUUCGGUACAAGACGCCCUACUUCAAAGCUUCAGCGCGGGUUGUUAUGCCGCCGGUUCCGCGUAACGAGACAUGGGUGGUGGGCUGGAUCCAGGCGUGCACACAGAUGGAAUUUUACAACACCUACGGAGACGCUGGCAUGUCGAGCUGGGAGCUUCCGGAGCUACGAGAAGGCCUGGUUAGGGCCAUCAGCGACUCCGAUGGUGUGAGCUACCCCUGGUACGGUAACACAACUGAGACUGUCACCAUAGUGGGCCCCACCUCCAAGCCAUCGCGCUUCAUCGUCAGUAUGAACGACAAUUUUUAUCCCAGUGUCACCUGGGCUGUGCCAGUGAGCGAAUCCAACACACCUUUACUGACUAGCAUCAAGAGGGACCAGAGCUUCACCACCUGGCUGGUGGCGCUCAACACCACGUCCAGGGAAAAGAUCCUGCUUCACACCAUCAAGUGGAGGAUGAGGGUGGAUAUCGCAGUGGAUCCAUCCAUGCCUCUGGGCUCCAGAGCCAGACUGGUGGGCCGGGUUCACCAGGAACAGCCACGAGUGUUGACUCGCAUGGAGCCCAUCCCUCCUAACGCCAUGGGGAGGCCCAACGCCAAUGAUGCCCAGGUCCUAAUGUGGAGGCCUAGGAGAGGCCCUGCACUUGUCGUCAUACCGCCCAAGUAGUGGGUUGACAGUACAGGACAGUGUAGGGUUGGCCAUUUAUAAGAUUAAAAACAUGGUGGCCCAUAUUGACAGUCAAACAAGCAGUAGAUAGUUAAAAAGACAAACACAGACAAGCAGAUGUAUGAGGCUUGCAUGAACUGUUGAUGGCAUGAAAUUAGAGGUACAGUCUUUCAUGUGACGCUGGGGUUAAAUGUUGAGGGGACAACUGCCUUAAUUCCCCACCGCUGCCUUUGACUAUCCAGAAAGGACACUGGUCUCUGCUUCUGGUGCUGUCGAGCUAUUGGGUGUGCAGGCCUUUGUUCCAGCCCAGUGCAACAACCGAGUCAAGUUUUGGUUUCUGUCUUUGAAAGACAACAAAAGUGCUGGGAUGUAAUGCAAACCUGUAGCUACUCAGGCCCAGAAGGAAAUGAUCAAGCCUAAACACAGACCCUCUUUAAAAAGGUUCUUCAGCCUUAAUGAUGAUAUAAUAUUGGCCUGCUCUGUACAGUAAAGUGCUGUGUGAGCGUGCACCUGCAGAAGACUAAAGGCAUUAGUGUGUAUGUGUGAUACAGGUUCCAAGGAGGCUGGCGCUGCUGUGUGGUUAUGCAUUAUGGACAAAGACAACUGUAAUAUUAACAGUAACGUUAUUUGAUUAUAUGCUUUCAGAGUUGACACGAGUGUGAGUGCGCAGGCAUGUGUGUAUGUGUGUUUUCAAGGCCCAUCAGGACCUGUAUUGGAGCCCCAGGGGAGGGUCCAGGCUUGCUGCUCUGUCACACCAUACUGCCUCACACAGACACCAGGAGCCUCAUUUGUGAAAACGAU